UGUUUCCCUAACCUUCACCUUUUCCUUUUGCACGCCACUAACCUUCACCUUUUGCACGCCAACUCUAGCAGAGCAAAGGCGCCAAUCACUGGUCUCCUUCCCUCGCUGUGGUGAAUCUUCUCUCCGUUAGUUCCAGCCAUCACGUCCUUGUCGUCAUUCUUUCCCGUCACUGGUCUCCUCGCCGUGUAGCUCUCGCGCGCGAAGGUAAAGUGGAAGGGGUCGAUAUGGUCUUCUCCUUCCGCCAUGCAUGUCCGUGACGUCGUCGGCGUCCUCCCCAGCCAUCCAUCCCGGUGUCGUCGUCGGCAGCCUUCCCCCCUUGCCCUGUUGUGCGUUGCAGAUCGGCCCAUUUUCCUCUCUCUCUCUUGCAAUAUUGAUGAGAAAGCUGUUGAAGCCGCUAUUGCUAGAUGCACUAUGCUGGAAACUCUUGAUGUUCGCUUCUGUCCAAAGAUAAGCUCAAUGAGCAUGGCUAGAUUACGUGCUGCUUGUGCUAGUUUGAAGCGUAUAUUCAGCAGCUUGUCAACUUCAUGAAUUUGACAAAAGAUCUUCAAAGUUAUCUAGUGCACUUGGAGUGAAGCUGCACGUGGUAACAAAUCUAUUUAUUUCCUUAUGUAUUGUACAUGGUUAACUUUCUCAUUGUGUUUGGCAUAUAGAAAUCAGGUGACCUCAUGUAUUGUCAAAAUAAAUUGUGUUCUAAAUGUUACUGUAAAUUUGACAUUUCAAUUUUGCUGAUGCAUAUUCUGUUCUAAAACAGUCUAGCCUUGUUUGUUGUAUAGAAUAGGUGUAUCUGAUCCCUAGGUGUUAGUAUGACCUUUUGCAUUAGUAAUGAUAUUUCUGGGUAUGUAAUAUAUUAGUUAGGUAUCCAUGCCUAUAUUUUGAUUUUAUGAAAUUUUGUUUGUAACUCGCUAUAAAAAAUUUAAUGCUGGCCUCACCCCAAAACCAUAAAAUAAGUAAAUACAUUGGAGAAAAGAGCUGAUAUCAAGUGCUUAACAAGAUGGAUUAAAAAAAUUCUCGUCAUUUGAAUAGUAAGAGUCUAAUCCUCUAAAUUCUUCUUUGUUAUUAAUCAAUCUUAACUCACGGUUAAUGACUAUCAGGUUAAUGGCUAUCACAAUGUUAACCCACUUCCUUGUUUAGUUGGAUAGUUCAUAACCUUUAUAUUCGAGCCCAUACAUAUAGCUCUCUCAUUCUUGUACUGUAACUUGAAGUUUACAUAUUCUCAAAUACUAGUUAUCUUUUUUAUUUUAUCUUGUAUAUUCUCUCUUCUUUUCUGUUAUUGUGAUUCUUCUUUGUUCUUAAAUUUUUUAGCAAGAUUGCUCAUACUUGUCCUAUACUUGAAAGCCCUCCAGAAAAACUCUCUUAAUAGAUUUAAUUUGAAUAUAAAUACUUUUAUAUACUUAUGAAUUUAUAACAAUUAAAAAUUUAAAAAUUAAUAGAUUUAAUUUGAAUAUAAAUACUUUUAUAUACUUAAUUAAUUAUAUAUUUGACUCUCUUAAAACUUUGUUUCAAGACCCAGGACUGCUCAUAAGCCUAUGCCAUUACAACACCACAUCCGUAAAUGCAUUGGAUUGGUAGUGAGUGUUGGGGUGCUUCUCUUUCACUGCUUAGCUUAAUAACAUAACACAUUAUUUUUGGAUCACAUGUAUAAUUAUAGUAUAUAGUUUAUGUGUCUCUACACCCAAAUCUGACCUCUUUCCUCACUUUUCAAUCACCACGUUAUUAUGUAAAACCAAACAAAAUUAAAUAAUACAACCUAUCUUCUACUGUAUAUGCAUAUAUACUUAUUAACUCCAAUGUUUAUAAACAUGUCCUCCUUAGCAAUUAAAUAAUAAUAAGAAGGGACUGGGGUUAGUUACGUUGUUAUUCUAUGCACCACAUACACAUUGGGUUUUGAUGAACAAGUAAAUUGAUCUGAAAUCUGCACCACAUAUUGAUUGCUCAUACUAAUUUUUUCAUAUGCAACAGUCACAUCGAUUGUUAUUAAAAAUUGAUUUAGUAAAAAAAAGGGGGAAAAUUAGGACUUCAGGUCUGAUAAGAAUAAUAAAUAAUUUAUUCAACAUGUUUAUGUGUGCCUUAGUAUAUAAUAAUUAUCCUGUUAUAGAAGUCUUUGAAUGGUGUACUUUCACUCCUCAUGAUUAGAAUAAAAUCUCUAUUGCUUCUUAUGGGUAAAUGCUCACACCUCAUUUUAAACUAUAAUAAUAAAAUGUGUGCUAGAUACUGAUUCUGUUUGAGACUGGAAACACACAUUAAUUUAUUAUUUGCAGUUUAUGCUUUAUUUUGGUAUUUUUUAUGUUUAGUUCUACCAAUUAUUUGUGAAGUUGUUUGUUUAGUCUUUAUAGCAUUUGAUAUCUUCAGUGUUGAUAGAAAGCAAAGCACAAUCAUGCCCCCUUUAAGUUUGUUCACACCAGUCGUGGUACUAAUUUGAUUUUGAUUUUUGAGUUAUGCAAUUAAUCUUACUCGCACCUGGCCUCCCUGUGGUAGCUUUUCUUCUUCCCAGGUUUGCCCAAUUGAAUUGCUUUUAGUAAUUCCACAUAGUUAUUGGACGAAACAAGUUUAUUUUAUUGUCAUGGUGUCAUUCGCCAUUUCAUUCUUGGUGGUAUAUUUAGGAGGUUUGUUUAUGAAACUUUAUUUACCUUCAUCCUGUUUAAUAUGGCUAUGCAGCCUACAUCUAUUCAUAACAUAUAUUUUCAAUUAUAAUUACAUGUGUAAAAUCGCAUCAGUUGAAAGGGUUUAUUCCUUUCACCAAAGCUGGUUAUGAGACUUUAAAAACAUUUGUAGUGUUUAGGAUUUGAACAUUUGUGUACGCUUGAGAUUUUUAUAUUCCCCCCUUUUUAUAUUCACCAAAUCCACCACCUGCUCGAGACAAUGCCGCAAAACUCCCCUUGACUAAUUCUUCCAUGAAGAACGUGUUGAUACCUGAUGAGUUUGGUUUUCAAACUACAACAAGGUUUCAAGGAUUUUUGUUGAGUGCGGUGCAUCUUUCUCGGCUUGGUGAAGAAUGGGUGUUGUGGACUUCUGAGGAGUUUGGAUUUAUCACUCCAAGUGACUCUGUCUCUACAGGGAGUAGUAUAAUGCCUCAGAAAAAGAAUCCAGACCCAAUGGAGCUAGUCUGUGGAAAGUCUGCUAGGGUCAUAGGAGAUUUGGUUACUUUGCUUACAUUAUCCAAAGGGCUCCCUCAUGCAUACAAUCGUGAUUUGCAGGAAGACAAAGAACCAGUAUUUGACAGUGUUAAAACUAUUUUGGGGAUGCUUGAGGUGUCAGCAGAGUUUGCACUGAACAUCACCUUCAAUCGGGACAGAAUACAAAAGGCUUUACCUGCUGGUCAUCUUGAUGCAACAACACUUGCCGAUUACCUUGUUAACAAGGUAAAGACAUGUUAUUCAUUGGCUCUCUGGUGGUACUUGAUAGUCUUAAUGCUGUAUAUCACUGUCCAAGUUCAGAUUUGAAACCAUUUUCAACUCUUGCCCUCUGGUCGUCACACCUUUGUAUAACUUUUAUUGACUUAUAAUUUGUUGCUGCUUCUAUUACCUUCCUUGUUUAUCAGAUAUAUUGUUUCAUUUUAUUUAUAGAAUUUACUGCUUAUACUAUAUUCGAAACCGUUGCA